CUUGAACUCAUGAUAUCAUGUCCUGUCCUGUCCUUUCCUGGGAAUCUGCAACUCUGCCGACGGGUUGUGAUUGCUGCGUUUUGCAUCCGAUCACAGUCGCAGGGCAGGGCAUGUUACCUUCCUGUGAUCAGCAACACAACAAUCCUGUCAGCAAUUCAACAGACAGGUAUGUACACGCCGAUCUCAGUCUCUUCAAGCAUGACCGCGUUGUCACGAAAAGCGCGGGAGGAAGCGCCCCCCUCCUCACCCCAACCCCGCGGUUGGCAUGGUGGAUGUCAUCAACCUCUCCCGCCCUUUGCCAACGUUCCCGCGCUUUCCCGGCGUUCCCGCCUUUUCCCGUCCUCUCCCUCUCCGUGAGCAAAUGUCUCAUUGCUCACCCUUACCCGAAAGGGAGGCCACUGCCCACGCGAGCAGCUGCUGAGGAGCUCCAAGCAGCUAGCUUGUAGCAUGUUGACCCCCUAGUACUCCAUCAAUGACGCGUCGGCAGCGGGGUUUUGCCUUCUCUCCUCCUCCCUCCCUGUCUUACGCAGACAAGCUCGCUCGUGCGAGAAAUCGGCCCGCGAGCGCGAGGGAGACGGGAUCGCAAUGGGACCGUGCUGAAGAAAGAGCACCGCUCACAUAUCGCGAAUCAGAAAGAGAAAUAGCGGACGAGCUUCAAGCUGCAGUUGAGUCGGCAGCUCGAUAUGCAGCCCGAGGAGGAGGAGGAGGAGGCGGAGAAGGAGGAGGUGUUUGGAAGUUCAAUCAGCCCCCAGGCAGGCCGCAGACGGCACUGGGGUUGAGUGCGUCUUGGGAAGAUGAUGACGAAGUCGCGAUUCCGUUGGAUGCUGUCGAAGGCACUACCGUUAGCGUUAAGUACGUUAACGGCCAUAAAGACGGCAGCUUCAAUCUUAGAGAGCGGCCUCUGCCCGGUCACGCCAGGCAAAAUGGCCACUUGGAGCAGAGUCUGGGGACUGGUGGCGAGGUGGUCAGAAGGCAGGCAUGGCAAGGAGACGGGGAGGAGUCAAAGAACAGUCGACAGGAACGUAUUGCUGAGGGGGCCAAGAAAGAGGGAGAGAGUGGAGGUGUUGGGGCUGCGGCUCUUCCGGAAGCGAAGGGUCAACCUGUGCAAGCUGCGCCUACACCUUGGACACGCUUCUUCUUCCCGUCUGAUGGUAUUGGAGGCAGCGUAGCUCUGAAGACGCAGUACUUCGACGUAUAUGUGGAUAUGUCGGAAGAGGACGAGGAAGAUGACAGUUAUGGUGAUGAAGAUGACGAUGAUGAUGAUGAUGAUGAUGAGGUCGGUUUGAGGAAGAGGAAGGGGGGGAUGGAGGGGAGGGGGGGGGAGGAGGAGGAGAAGAAGGAGAGGCGGCGGAGGAGACGACGGGGUCGUCAUCGUAGAUUUCUGGACAAGGAAGAAGAGGAUUGGGGACCGUUCGUGUCACCGGAAGAGGCGGUGAUGCUUGAAAAGCGAAGACUCAAGGAGCAGAGCCUGAGGCUUGGAUACGUUCGUUGCUCGGGUAGACCUCCGGUUCUCAAGGCGGUUGCAGAGGCCAUGACUCACAGGAAGGGAGCAGUGGUGGGGUCAUCUGCUCCAGGGGGAAAUGCUUCUGCUUCGCCGGGAAAGCAUGCAGAGGCAGACGAACGUGAAGGGGAGGACUACUACGUGGAGGCUGUGCCUCGACAAGACCUUGCGGUGUUUGCCAGCUGGGUGAGACGGUUGAGGCCAGUGUUGACUGCAGGGACUACAUUGGAGAACGUCCUCCCUCUCCUAACUCUGUCGCAGGGUCUGCUUAAGGAAUUGAUCGACCGCAGAAUGGAGUUCUACCUGCGGCAGGUGGACGAAGAGAGGCGCAUGUACAGGGACCGAGAGGUGGCCUUGAAGCUUGAGAUCGAGAGAGAGAAGAAGAGAUAUCGCGACGAUUUGACAGCGGAGUUCGAAGAGACGGAGCGGCAAUUAGUCCUGACGGGCGAGGCGAAUGUGCAGAGAGCAAGGAUACUGGCGUCGUUGCUCGAGAAGAUGAGAACGCUUGGGACUAUAACCCAGCUGCAAGAAGCGAAUGCAAAGCUGGAGGCGGAGAAGGAGCGGGCGCGGGAGGAGAUGGAAGCUGUGUUGAUGUCCAGGGAGGAGUGGAGGGCGCAGUCCGCCGCCGCGCUGCAGACGGAGAAAGCUCUCCGGACUCGAGAUAACGCGGCGUGGCGCUCUCAAAUCUCGAAACUCCAGAAGAGAAUGUCGGAGAUAGAGUUCACCUUUGACGAGCAGCAGUUCAAGCUGAGAGACGCAGAGACGGAAAUAGAGGAGCUGCGGCAGAGGGUGGCAACGAGAGAGGAGGAGGCGGCCGACCUGAAGUCCAUCUGGACAGAGCCCGCGCUGAAGGCCAUCUCCGCCGAGAUCCUGGCCGUUGAGGACGAGCCCGCUGGGGACAUGCUGAACGCCGAUAUCCCCGACGCGGAGGUGCUGGCGGCGGCGCAGCGCAUCUGUGAGAUUCUGGGGAGCCGGCUGGGAGUGGCAGUGUACAUGGCGAACCUGGUCCCACCGCCGCCCAACGCUGACGACCCUACGCCGCCGGAGACUACGCAGAUCGGGACUCCCGACACUCGGCCUUUGACGGCGGGAUCGCAAUCGCAAUCGACGGGGGGCGGGUACACUCCCGCCAUCACGUUAACGGACUACGCGACGGACUCGAGCGUGGGGGGCACUCCUUUGCGCCUUGUAGGAGCGGGGGAGGAGGCGGAACGUGAAGGGGGAGGGGAGGGAGGGGGAGAGGGUGCGGACACAGCCGAAAUUGCGGGCGCGGAAUGGACCAGCAGCGGCAAAGACGAGGCCAGCGCGGGGGGAGGGGGAGGGGGAGGGGGAGGAGAUCCAAGCGCGCCGCCCAGCGCGCCGCCCAGCGCGCGCGUGGCUGCACUCCUAAGCGCGUCGCCCCCCAGUUUCAUGGAGAGAGACGCCAUGGCUAUGGCCCGUGCAGCGGUGACGGACCCCAGCAAGGCGGGAACCGCCGCCGACGUCAUGGCGGAAGUCACUGCGCACAUUCGCCUGCGCCAAGAGAUGGCUAGUCGGUCCACGUGGUUGCAAUACGUGGCAGCUGACCCCGACAACAGGUUCCUGAUUGGCCGUUACUUAAGGCCCGGGAGUGGCAUCACUUACGCCUGCUUAGGGCCUCAGAUGGACUCCGAAAAUGGCCGCCCCCGCGUGGAGAACGAGUGCACGUUCGUCGACGAUUACUCCGUCUACGUCGUUGAGAUCGCCAAGGAGCCCAGGAUAAAGCUCUGGGGGGAGGCAGUCGGAAGGCCGCGCCCGUCGCCCGUGAUUGGAUGCUACCACGCUUUGGCAAUUACGGUGGAAGGCGAGACAAUCGGCGCGCUCUGCGUCGACACUCUUGGGCGGCCUCGUGGCUCGGCUGCUGAUGUCGUGCAGCAUAAGGCAGAUGGCAUGCGCAAUGUAAACGGARCUACAGAUCUAAACACUCUUGCAUUCUCGAACAAAAUCCCGAUGACAAUCGUCUAAUCAACAAAAGAGUCACACAGUC